CGCUGCUUCGGAUUGUUCGGUCGUGCGUGCGCGACGAAUUUUACAGGAGAGAGAGAGAGAGAGAGAGAGAGAGAGAGAGAGAGAGAGAGAGAGAGAGAGAGAGAGAAAGCCGAAUGUGAUAGUGCGUUGGCGGAACGAAAAUGCGCGAACACUUUGACGCAUCGCUGAGACAGCAGCAGAUGUCAUGCCACGCUUAGCGUCAAAUUCAAGUUCAGAGCCAGUCUUUUUUCCUAUCAGUUUUAUUUUUUCCCCAUUCUCAUCGUUUCGCGAUCGAGUUUUCACAGACCUUGCAUUGCCAGAUCGUCACCGUCCAAAGUUGAGUAUUGUCGCUGCGUGUGCGUUGUACGUGUGUGCGAGCGAGAGGCAGAUUGAGUUAAGUGCUUUGGAAUGUAGUAUGCGUAAGCUUUUUAUCUCGGGGAGACCUUUACUCGAGGAUUCGGAAUAGGAGCGCACGCGCGAGCGCGACCUUUAGCUCGGGUUGCGUUUGAAUUUCAAAGUUUACUUUUUUUUUUUUUGUAUCUUACGACAAACCCGAGCUUGCGCAAUUUCAUCGAAAUAAUAUUCGUCACGCUCAGAGAACCACGUUCGUGUUCGCGCGUGGGUUGGAUAAAUGAAAAAGGCCACCGUCGUGAGAGCAACAGAUAAUUUUCAUAAAACGAGAAAAUCGACCGACGCGAAAAAGUGAAUUCGCCGUGAACGCGAAGAGAAAAUUGUUUUUUUUGUCCUUCGGAUGUGUGCGAUCAGUGCUAUAAAUAUCGUUGUUGAAUGGAUUACCGCACGCCACACGAGUUUUUCCAGGGAGCCAUCGGCCUUCUUGUUUAAUCGGUAAAUUUCGUUUCAGGAAAAACAUUUUUUGUUGUUCUUUGCUUUUUGUAAUCUUCGCCGUUCGUUCAACUUUCGCACUGCAGGUCGAUUGUUUUUUCAACGGAUUGUUUGAUUCAAUUUAUCGUACAGUAACUGAAUGUGUCACGCCAAGAAAGCUGUGAAAAAUCAUGAUUUUGCUAUGAGAAGUGUGAAUGAUUAAGAAAAAUAGAUUUGCGAGUAAAAAUGUUCGAGCUUGACUUUGAAAAGCACACGUGAUGGGAAAGUAAAUUUAGAACUGUCAGAGAUAAGUGCCAUUGUUGAAAAUUUUAUAACAACGGAAAGCUACAUUAUCGAUUCCCAAGUGCUUCCGCGAAAUCAUCUCUGAUGUCGAUCCUCGUCAACUUAUCUACUUGCAAAAUGACUAACGAACGAUAUAUCAUUUUCAAUCGGCCGGCUGUUAAUUGUUUUAGCAAAGCUGAGAUAACGCACGGUUCUUUUCGGAUGGAAACUUGAACGCGUACCUUAUCACCGAUCGUGCAAAACUUGCAACGACAAUCCUAAUAUUCUUCAAAAUAUAGACAAAGUGUUUGCUUGAUCAAACCAGGCGAGCGAUAAAAAGAAACUUUGAGUGUCGUUUCGAAAUCGGUAGAGACAAUGACUGACGAUCAGUGAAACAGCAACACGCAUCGAGAGACACGCUGCAUUAUGAUUGCCGAAUGGCUGGACACAUGGUUCGGCCGACCAAAGAAGUCAGGCCGCGGCGGUGGCGCCGGGCCGAACACCAUGCCAAGGCCUAAUUCCGGUGACGACUUCAAUGAGAUCGAGCAGCAACGAUGUAUUAUCGAGAGGAUGGAUGAGGAGACGACGAAUGACAAGUUUGAGGAACUUUUGGCAAACAUGAACCUGACCGAAGAAAAGAAAGAGCCACUUAGGCAGCAAACCGAUCGUCGAAAGAAAGACAUGCUGAUAAUGCAUUACAAGGGUAGUCUGCAAGAAGGUCGCACUAAAUUUGACAAACCAGCCGAUUACAUUCAAUAUUUGUCGCAAUCUGAUCUCAGCGUCAACAAGAUACUCACGUGUAUCGAGUCACUUAGGGUUGCACUUACGAAUAAUCAAUUGAGUUGGGUUCAAGAAUUCGGCACCAAAGGUCUCAAGCAGGUUUUAGUCAUUCUGAACGAGUGUUAUAGAAAUGACAGCCGUUAUGACAAGAUCCAGUACGAAUGCAUCCGCUGCCUAAAGGCGAUCAUGAACAACACAGUAGGCAUCAAGGAAAUUCUCGCGCAUCACGAAGCAUUAACGAUCGUCGCUAGAUCACUCGAACCAAGUAAACCAGCUGUGAUGUUCGAAGCGGUUAAACUUCUCGGUGCAGUUUGUCUCAUUUCAUCUGAUAGUCACAAAAAGGUUUUGGAUGCGAUAACCAUGAAUGGAGAAUUUAAUGGUCGAGAUCGUUUCAUGCCGAUUGUCCAAGGGCUAAUGAAUAAACAGAAUGAAAAUCUUAGGGUAGUAUGUCUCCAAUUGAUAAACUCGAUAAUCUCGUCAGCAGAGGAGUUGGAUUUCCGAUUGCACCUGCGCAACGAGAUCAUGCGCACGGGAUUAGCGGAUAUUUUGGAGACGCUGGAAGCGGACGACGAGUCAGAAGAUCUCAGUCGGCAUUUGAAAAUCUUCAACGAAUUCAAGGACGAGGAUUACGAGGAGUUUAUGAAUAGAUUCGAUCACGUGAGACUCGAACUGGACGACGUGAACGAUUGCUUUGAAGUCGUCAAAAACAUGGUGAUGGAAACCCCAGCUGAACCUUAUUUCCUGUCGAUACUGCAACAUUUGCUGUUCGUCAGGGACGACGCACUCAUCAGGCCAGCCUACUACAAACUAAUAGAAGAGUGCGUAUCGCAAAUCGUCCUUCAUCGUUCGGGUUGCGAUCCAGAUUUCAGCGCGACAAAACGUUUUCAAAUCGAUGUGCAACCAUUGAUCGAAACUUUGGUCGAGAAAUCCAAAGCCGAGGAGGAACAUCGUAUUGCCGAGAUGUCGCAGAAACUCGAGGAGGCUAUCGCCAGGAAACAAGAAGCCGAGGCUAAACUGCAACACGCCGAAAAUGUCAUUCGGGAGCUGGAGCAGGGCACUGGCAAGAGUGCUAGCGGUUUACCAAAACUCAGCAAUGGGCCACCACCACCACCACCACCUCCGAUGCCAGGAAUGGGAGGUCCACGUGCGCCACCACCUCCACCAAUGCCAGGCAUGGCUGGACCACCACCACCUCCAAUGCCAGGCAUGGGUGGUCCACCACCUCCAUCUAUGCCAGGUGUAGGUGGUCCACCUCCACCACCAAUGCCAGGUGGCAUGGGUCCACCUCCACCACCGAUGUUAGGUGGUAUAGGUCCCCCAAGAAUGCCUGUGCCAAAUAAUCCUCUUCCACACGGUUUGAAACCGAAGAAAAAGUGGGAAGUUGAGGGGCCCUUGAAGAGAGCGAAUUGGAAGGCGAUCUUACCUCACAAGAUGACUGAGAAAUCGUUUUGGGUAAAGGUGCAAGAAGACAAACUAGCCAGUCCCGAGAUAUUGAAUGGUCUGGCACAGAAAUUCUCAUCAAAACCAGCAGCGAGAAAGAUGGACGACGUUGUUGAUAAAUCGGCACCAACAAAGAAGGUCAAAGAUUUGAAAGUUUUGGAUGGUAAAGCAGCUCAAAACAUUCUUAUCCUGAUCAACGGCACCCUCAAACAUAUGUCGUAUGAGGAAGUUAAAACAUGUUUGCUCAGGUGCGAGGGGCCCGUUAUCAAUGACAAUGUCCUUCAAGGUUUGAUUCAAUACUUGCCACCACCUGAUCAGUUAACUAAACUACAGAACUACAAAGAUCAGUAUGAAGAAUUAACGGAAGCUGAACAGUUCUGUAUUAAAGUUUCACAAAUCAAAAGGUUACUACCGAGAUUAAAGUCAUUAAGUUUUAAAUUGAAGUUUGAAGAGCUUGUCCAAGACGUCAAACCCGAUAUUGUAGCCGGUACUGCAGCAUGUGAAGAAGUUAAGAAUAGUAUAAAAUUCAAGAAAAUCUUGGAGCUUAUUUUACUUCUCGGCAAUUACAUGAACUCAGGAUCGAAAAAUGGACCGGCGUACGGAUUCGAAAUUAGUUUUCUUACCAAGCUUACAAGUACAAAGGAUAUUGAAAACAAAGAAACCUUACUGCACUACCUUGUAGACACAAUAGAAAGAAAGUUUCCAGAUUGUCUUAGUUUUAUUAAAGAAUUAGAACAUGUUGAUAGAGCCAGUAGAGUGUCUAUGGAAAAUAUUCAGAGAACACUUAGGCAAAUGGACUCUAAUAUUCGUAAUUUAGAACAAGACCUCGCCAACUCCAAAAUUCCACAGAAUGACCAAGAUAACUUUGCUAAAAUUAUGACGCCAUUUACUAAGAAAGCUCGAGAAUCGUACGAAAUUAUGCAAAACAUGUUCAAAAAAAUGGAAAGCCUAUACACAGAAAUUUCGGAGUUCUAUGCUUUUGACAAGCAGAAGUAUACAAUUGAAGAAUUUUUUGGCGAUAUCAAAAAGUUCAAGGACGACUUUCUGCAAGCACAAAAGGAAAUAAUUAAAUUACGGGAAGCUGAAGAGAAGCAGCGUCGAGCGCGGGAAGCUCGUGAAAAGGCAGAGGCCGAGCGAGCAGCACGAGCUGAACGUAAACGAGCCUUGGUCGACAUGAAUGCACACGAGACUCAGGAAGGUGUGAUGGACAGUUUGAUGGAGGCAUUACAAACAGGUGCUGCAUUCAGUCGACCAGAUCAACGGCGAAAACGGCAAACACGUGCGGCCGGCGCUGAAAGACGAGCACAAUUAAACAGAAGUCGCUCACGUACGGGAUUAGUUGGGACAGGACUACUAGGAAGAGAAUUAUCAACAGAGCUACUUAGUUCAGCCUAACGAGAAUUCACUGUCGAAUAGUGAGGGCUGUGAUAAGCCAAUGUAAAAAAAGAUCAUCCAUUGUUUUGAUAAUAAAAAAGUCGUUUGAUACGCGAAGGUUGACGCCUUGGAAAAUACAAAAUGAAGUAAUUACGCCGUCCAGACAAAUCUAUAUACUUUCAUAGUAUAAAGACAAAAUCAAGUAUUUUUUUACUAUCGUUUUUGUCUGUCGUAAGAUGUUAAAAACCCGAAGUUGAAGCUGACACGAAAGAGACAACAUUUGAAUACAACUUGUAUGUAACUAGUGUGUAAAGGGGAACACGGAAUUGUUGUUCAUAGUUAGACGGAAAUCUUAUAAUUCAAUACACUGCCACGACUAGUUGUGCUGUAAUUUGGAUAACUUCAUUGUGCCAAACAAACCAAAAAUACUGACAAAAUGAAAAAAAUUUUUUUGGCAAAGUAGAACGUGAGAUGAAUUUUCUUAUUUUAUGAAGACAUUUGUUGAACGAAAAGACAUUAUUUGUAUGCUGUUUAAAGCAUUAGCUUUACGUUAGAUAUCUUUUGGAGUGAGUGAAAAUGGCACUGUUAAGAGGUUCCAAAGACUUUAUUAUGUAUAUAUUUGAGACAUAUUCUUCAAUAUUCACAAUUGCGUCUGAAUUUUUUUUCAAUGGGCCUCAGGAGUUUUUUACAUAGUUCUUAUGUCCAAGUUUUGAAUCAUUAUGGUUUGGUCGCAUUUAUAAUUUGCCAUUUAAUGUAUCCUUAACCUUGGACGUAGGAAUAAUCGCGGAAGGAAUAUUAUACAUAUGUUAUGCUUUUUUUACAAAUAUAAAUAUUAAAAAGAUGCGAAGAUAUAUUUUUUAACGUGUAUAUACAGAAGAGUAAUUUAUUUAUAACUUGAAGGGAAAUAUGUCUUGAUAUAUUUUAUAAAUGAGAGAUUAGAUUGUUUCUUGACUGCAUGAACCUGUCAGACCACAACUGUAAUUAUAUUGUGAAUAUAGAAUUUUAGAGUCAGAUUCUGUUAUUAUAUUCUGAUGAUGCAAUGUGUAAAAACAUUUAUUUAUUUUGCAUAAUUACCAUAAGUGAAAGCAUAAAUAAUUAAAAGAGAAUAUAGGACAUUAUAAGUUCAAUAUUGUGGCAAAGUUAAAAUAAUAUGUUUCUACGCACAUCAAUGGAAACACGAUUAUAUCAAAACAGAAAAGAAGUAAUUUGUAAAAAUAAUAAAUAAUAAAAUUCAACUUUUA